AAGUAUGCGCUUAUUAUAGCCUCGAGAGGAUACAUUCUCGCCGUUUACGGCGAUUGUAAGCUAAAAGCUGAGCUUAAAAUUAACCAAUAAAACAACGUAGCACAUCAAGUCAGCUGAGCUGAUUAAAAUGGCGAUCGUCGAUCUUUUACAUGAGGAAAAAUUGAUUGCAAUGUGGCCAGAUUACCAGUGUCUGUACGAUGUGCGGUCAGUCGACUUUAAAAACAAAGAUUUGAGGCAACAAGCUAUUGGGGAAAUUGCAGAAAAGGUGGAGGAAAACGUGGACUGGGUAAAAAAUAAACUAAGACUAUUGAGGAACAGCUACACAAAAGCAAAGGCAAAAAAAUCUCCCCUUAGUCCGGGAUCUGUGAGAAAAAAACCAACAAAGCGAAUUGCGUGGCUGUUAGAGAAGCUGCAGUUCCUGGAACCAUACGUGGCAACUAGAGGCACAGUGGCUGCCUCGGGAACGAUCCAUCAAAACAGGGAAAAGAAGACAACAGAUGGGAUGACGUCCCCAAUGACGUCACUCGUAGCCAACAAAAAGAAGGAACAAGAAGCAGACGAUGUAGACCACUUUUUUAAUAGUAUGGCAGUUAGUGUAAAAGCCAUGCCGCCAAAUGUUAGAGCUUUGGUUAAAUUUAAGAUCCACGAAAUUGUUUUUCAGGCAGAAAACGAGCUAAUGAUGAAUACACAAACAUGAAUUGGAUUUUGAUUGCUUAGGACAAAAACUAAGUUACUUGUAUUAGUGUCCUUGAAGACCAUGUGAUGAUGAUGAUGAAGAUGAUGGCGAUGAUGAUGAUCUAAUGAUGAUCAGAUGGAUGAUGGAUAACAAUGACGACGAUAACGACGACUUGCCGGAGAUUUUAAAGGACCGUGACGACGAUGAUGAAUUAGACUCCAUGAGGAAGUGGUUGAGGCAUUAGAGUCGAUCGUCAUGAUAAAAAUUGCUUCCGUCUUUGUGCCUCUAUCUCGAAGAUAGAAUAGGCCUACAAUCGUAGGCUACUUAUAAACAUCAAUAUGAAUCUUUUGAACAUAGGCCUAUCUGGUUUUCAUCACAUAGGCUUAAAUAUAUGGAUUUCAUCACAUAAAUAUAGGAAUUUCUGUUAUUAUUAUUAUUAUUAUUAUUAUUAUUGUAUGCAGAAUAAUGAUGAUUUCCCAUUGAAUGUUUUACUAACAUUCAAUCAUUAUGUAACAUUAGUUAACAUUAGAAAGCAAUCGUGUAACUUCGGAUAGUUCAACUUAAAAUAAUUACCGUACCGUUAACGUAGGCCUAUUAAUUACUGAAAUGGUUAAUCCACUUUGGUAUUGAAUAUGGGAGCUAUUUUGUCUAUUUUUAAAAUUAAAAUGAUCAACAAUAUUAUUCUUGUAUUAAAAUGAUCAACAAUAUUAUUCUUGUUAAAG